UCUGAGAAGAAAGCGAACUGAGCAGAGGACACGACGGAACUAUUUAACGACGCUCACUUGACGUCAUCCAGACGCGCCGCUGGCGAGGUGGCGGGUGCAGGGCCGGCGGCAGCGACGAGGGUAAACUCCGUGUCAACAACAUCCGGCGCGUUGGGAGGCGGCCACUCGGCCCCUCUAACCGCUGUUGCAUCAAUUCUUGAGCUAUGAACCGCAAGAGAAACGUGAUACCAGACGUCUUCCGGCAGGUUAAGAGACGUAAAUUAGAGACUGCAAAUGGAUUUAAUUCAUUCGAUAAGAACAAAACCGACGAGUAUGAAGAUGUGCCAAAUGACACAAAAUCUGCAUUGACUUUUCUGGCGUCCUUGUUCCCUCGCAAGUUAUUCGAUGAUUCCCUUCCACCUAUUGUCCUGAAGCAUCAGCUUUACAGCAUUGUUAAAGACAAGACUACGGUCGAUCGUCAGCUGAAUGAGAUGAAGGACCUGGGAGUUGUUCGAAUUUUCCAGUUUGGAUUUGACACGGACGUAUUCGGCGUUGUGUUUAGUGAAGAUUACAAAAGGAAAGUUCUUGCUGCCACGGCAAUGAGAGACGCUGCAGCAACUGUGCAGAGGUUCCUGGAGACGGUGCUCAGCUCGUGUGUGGACAUGGGCUUCACCAAGGAUCAAAUGCUCAAGGAGUUUUCAUUUCAGGACCAAGAAAUAACUUCCUCUCACAGGCAGCUGGUGAACGCCGGGGUGCUGACAGUGCGUGACGUGGGAAGCUGGUGGCUUGCUAUUCCAGGCGCUGGCCGAUUUGUAAAGUAUUUUGUGAAAGGUCGGAAAACUGUUCUGGGGAUGAUCCGGAAAUCAAAGUACAACGAGGUGUUGCAGUCGGAACUGGAGACUCGGAAAGUAACAUCUGCUGUGAAGAUGGGCAUCCGGUACCACGUCCAUGACAUCGUUGGAGCAGAGUUGGUGAAAUGCAUCCCUACGACCAGCGGAACUUUACUGCGUCUGAACAGCACCUGACCCACAGUUUGACAAGAUGAGGGACAGGUGCAGCGGGCAAGGAUAUAAUGAAGUGCCAGCAAACGGGAAAGGAUACUGACAUCAAAUGUCAAAAGAAAGACUUGUUAAGAUGACUGAAGGAGGAACUGUGUAUUAUGGUCUUUAAUUAAUUGCCAAGUCUGUGAAACCAGAAUAAUAUAUGUUUAUUUAAAAUGUGUACAGUUUCCAUUUAAAAUUUCAUUGGUAAUUAAGUCAACUGAGUCAUUUCAAGUUUCUGCUGAGUUUUCCUUUUUAAUGCAUCAAAUUGACUGCAAUAAACUGGUGAAUGAAUCAGAAUCAGGUUUAAUAUCACUGGCAUGUGUCAACUUUGCAGUUGCAGUAGCAGUAUAAUGCAAUACAUAAGACCAUAAGGUAUAGGAGCAGAAGUAGGCCAUUCGGCCCAUCAAGACUGCUCCGCCAUUCAAUCAUGGGCUGAUCCAAUUCUUCCAGUCAUCCCCACUCCCCUGCUUUCUCCCCUUUGAUGCUCUGGCUAAUCAAGAACCUAUCUAUCUCUUCCUUAAAUACACCCAAUGACUUCACCUCCACAGCUGCUCGUGGCAACAAAUUCCACAGACUUACCACCCUCUGACUAAAGUAAUUUCUCCGCAUCUCUGCUCUAAAUUGACAUCCUUCAAUCCUGAAGUUGCACCCUCUUGUCCUAGACUCCCCUACCAUGGGAAAUAACUUUGCCGUAUCUAAUCUGUUCAGGCUUUUUAACAUUUGGAAUGUUUCUAUGAGAUCCCCCCCCAUUCACCUGAACUCCAGGGAAUACAGCCUAAGAGCUGCCAGAUAUUCUUCAUAUGGUAACCCUUUCAUUCCUGGAAUCAUUCUUGUGAAUCUUCUCUGAACCCUCUCCAAUGUCAGUAUAUCCUUUCUAAAAUAAGGAGCCCGAAACUGCACAUAAUACUCCAAGUGUGGUCUCACGAGUGCCUUAUAGAGCAUCAACAUCACAUCCCUGCUCUUGUAUUCUAUACCUCUAGAAAUGAAUGCCAACAUUACAUUUGCCUUCUUCACCACUGACUCAACCUGAUGGUUAGCCUUUAGGAUAUCCUGCACAAGAACUCCCAAGUCGCUUUAAAUUCUCUCCCCAUCUAAAUAAUAGUCUGCCCAUUUAUUUCUUCCACCAAAGUGCAUGACCAUACACUUUCCAACAUUGUAUUUCAUUUGUCACUUCUUUGCCCAUUCCCCUAAACUAUCUAAGUCUCUCUUCAUGCUCUCUGUUUCCUCAACACUACCCACUCCUCCACCUAUCUUUGUAUCAUUGGCAAAUUUAGCCACAAAUCCAUUAAUCCCAUAGUCCAAAUCAUUGACAUACAUCGUAAAAAGCAACGAUCCCAACACUGACCCCUGUGGAACUCCACUGGUAACUGGCAGCCAGCCAGAAUAGGAUCCCUUUAUUCCCAAUCUCUGCUUUCUGCCGAUCAACCAAUGCUCCACCCAUGCUAGUAACUCCCUGUAAUUCCAUGGGCUCUUAUUUUGCUAAGCAGCCUCAUUUAUUAUAAAGUUCAAGUUUACCAUCAUUCAGCCAUAUACAUGUAUACAGCUAAGUGGAACAACCUUCCUCAGAGUCCAAGAUGCAAAACACAUACAUCACCUUC